AUGGGGUCCCGCAGGGCCGUGAGCCGUGGCUGGGCCUUGGGGGGCCGUGCUGAGACCGGGGCAGGGGGCGACGGCGAGGAGGACGGGCCUGUGUGGACCCCGGGCCCCGCCAGCCGCAGCUACCUGCUCAGCGUGCGCCCUGAAACCAGCUUAUCAAGCAGCCGGCUGUGCCACCCCAGCGCUGGAAGGAGCACCUUCUGCUCCGUCAUCGCGCAGCUCACCGAGGAGACGCAGCCGCUCUUCGAGACCACACUCAAGUCGCGCGCGGUGUCCGCCGACAGCGACGUCAGGUUCACCUGCAUCGUCACAGGAUACCCCGAGCCGGAGGUGACAUGGUACAAGGAUGACCAGGAGCUGGACCGUUACUGCGGCCUGCCCAAGUACCAGAUCACCCACCAGGGCAAGCGCCACACGCUGCAGCUGUUCAGGUGUCAAGAAGACGACGCGGCCAUCUACCAGGCCUCGGCCCGGAACUCCAAGGGCAUCGUGUCGUGCUCAGGGGUCUUGGAGGUGGGCACCAUGACCGAGUACAAGAUCCACCAGCGUUGGUUCGCCAGGCUGAAGCGCAAGGCUGCGGCCAAGAUGCGGGAGAUGGGGCAGAGCUGGAGGCAGGGCCCGGAGGCCGCGGCCGAGGCCGAGGCACUGCGCAAGCUCAGCCCCGACCGCUUCCAGCGCAAGCGGAGACUAAGCGGGGGCCAGGCGCCCGUGCCCCCCGCCCCGGCGCGGGAGGCCGAGGAGGAGACCCCGGUGGCCUGGCAGGAAGGGGAGGCCCAGUCCGCCCAGCACGCAGGCUUGGGCCUCCUCAACAGUUUCGCUCCCGGAGAGGCGCCCACCAACGGGGAGCCGGCCCCCGAGAACGGGGAGGACGGGGAGCAAGGCUUGCUAACCUACCUCUGUGAAGCCAUGGAGCUGAGACCGCACAGAGCCCCCCAGAAGGAGUCCGGGGCCAAGAAGAAAAGGAAAGACGAGGAGCCGAAGCCCAGCCCGAGGAGGGCCGAGCCGGACAGGGCGGCCCCCGGCCAGCGCCCGGCCGAGCACCGCGGCUCCGAGAGGCCCGGCUCCCGCGGGGGCCCGGGGCCGGGGGCCACGCAGCAGGCCCAGGCCCCGCCUGGGGCGCACGGGGCUGCGGGAGCCCACCGCACGGGCACCGGGCAGCCGUCCCCGCCCGCGGCCACUCAGGAUGAGACCCAGGACGCCCCGGCUCCCAGCCCAGGCCCCAGCCGGGAGCCUGAGCUGUAUUUCUCCCUGAAGGACAUGUACAUGGAGAGCACCCAGGGCCACAGGCCGCAGGAAGCACCGGGGUCCCCACCCCCAGGGGCGCUGGCACCCGGACAGAGCCCCCCGGGGAAGGAAGACGCCCAGGCUAGAGGCAAGGGGGCGCCCGCUGUGCCCAGCCCCCCCACAGCCUCCCUCACGCCGCCACCGCCCCGGCCUUUCAACAGGAAGAGAUUCGCCCCUCCGAAGCCCAAAGGGGAGCCCGUGGCCACGGCUCCCCCCAACACGGCCACGGAGCCCGGGGCCUCGGGGACAGCCCCGCCUCCAGCCUCCGGCCAGGUGCCCACGCCCCCUGCCCGGCGGAGGCACGGCGCCCGGGGCAGCCCGGGGCAGGGCCGCAGGACCGCGGGAGAGGUCCCGGAGUCCCAGGCUGCCAGGUCUCCUCGCGUGCCUGCCAGCGGCGUGCCCUCUGCCGCUGCACAGCAGGGUAGCACGGACCCCAUGGAUACCGACGCGGCCCUGGCCCCCGGAGGCCGGGGAGGGGCACAGGCCCCACGGAGCCAGGUGGACAGCGUGCCAGCCACCGCCCAGAGCACGCAGACAGGCCGGAAGACGCGGGACGGUGAGAGGCAGCCGGCACCCGGGAGUGGCCGCGAGGACGUGGAGACGCAGCAGGGACAGACCCCGCAGGAGGAUGCGGGGCACACGAGGGCGCAGGGCGAGAAGGCGACCGGCCUCAGCCCGCCGCCCGGGACCCCCGGACCCCCGCGCUCCCAGGCACCCAGCGCACGGCUGGCAGAGUCCGUGCUGACCCCUGAAGUGUGUCGUGACCCCGAGAAACCUGGUCCUGCGCUCAGAUCCGAGGAGCCCCUAGUCACAGCCUCCAGAAACCACGGGCACACCGCCCAGGGUCCCCCACCCGGGAGCCCCGGGCGCCCAGCUCAGGAGGGGAGCCUGGAGUGGGCAGGUGCAGGGGAGGCCAGCCCAGAGGAUGGUGGGUCCCAGCGCCCCAAGGAGCUGCCAAGGGGGCAUGCAAGCCAGGUCCUGCUCACCGCGCCUGCACGGCCCUCACAGGAAGAGCCCCACGGUACCCCAGCGUCUCCACACGGGGCCCCCGAUGCCCUCCUGCCCUCUGAGCACCAGGCCCUGCCCAGCUCUGCCCCCACACUGCACCUGGGCCCAGGGCCCCCCGCCCAGAGCCCCCUCGGGGGGCCCUCAGCUGCCAGCCAUGGGGGGGCCUGCGCCAGGGAGACAGAGGUGGAAGGGGGGCCCCCGGGAGCCCGGGGCUGUGACCCCGGCCUCAUAGACUCCCUGAAGAACUACCUGCUUCUGCUGCUGAAGCUGUCCAGCGCGGAGCCCGGCGGGCCGGGGGCUCCGGUGCCCGCUGUGGCCGGGCUGAGUCCCUGCACGUCGAGGCGCAUUCUGGAGCGCGUGGAGAAUGAGCACCUGGUGCAGAGCGCGCAGACGCUGCUGCUGAGCCCUGCCACCUCCCGCCGCCUCACCGGCCUCCUGGACCACGAGGUGCAGGCCGGACGCCAGGCCCUGGCUGCCGCCCAGCGCCCCGGCCCCGGCCCCAGCCCCGCCACCAUCCCUGCCAUCGUGGUGGGUGAGGAUGAAGAUGCCCUCGAGGGGCCCAGCCCCCCCAAGUCUUCCCAGGAGCAAGGCCUGAGCGGGCCGGCCCCGGAGAACAGCAUCCCGGAGAACAGCACCCAGAACAGCACCUCAGAUGACAGCAUCCCAGAGAACAGCCCCCCGGAGCCCUGCCAGGAUGAGGGGGUCCCAAGAGGGGAUCCCAUGGGCCUCCCCGCAGCCACACCCGAGGAGCUGGCCCUGGGGGCGCGGAAGAAGAGGUUUCUCCCCAAAGCGAGGGCCGCAGCUGACAGGGAAGCCGCCAAGCCCGAGGACAAGGCCACGAGCCCCACGGUCUCUCCCCGGGGACCCCGGAAGAGCCUGGCACCGGGGUCUCCGGGGACGCCGGGCAGGGACAGGCGCUCCCCCACCCAGGGCAGGAAGGGCAGCAUGCUGGAGGUGCCCCGGCCCGACGAGGAGCCCACGGCGGGAGACCCAGGCCCCGAUCCCAAGGCCAGCGGUCAGGACACAGAGCCAGGGCCGGAGGAAAACAAGGCCAGGAAGGCCAAGGACCUGCUCAAAGCCCCACAGGUGAUCCGCAAGAUCCGCGUGGAGCAGUUCCCGGACGCCUCGGGGAGCCUGAAGCUCUGGUGCCAGUUCUUUAACGUCCUCAGCGACUCGGUGUUGACCUGGGCCAAGGACCAGCGCCCGGUGGGCGAGGUGGGCCGGAGCGCCGGGGACGAGGGCCCCGCGGCCCUGGCCAUCGUGCAGGCGUCGCCCGUGGACUGCGGCCUGUACCGCUGCACGCUCCGCAACGAGCACGGCGCCGCCGCCACCGACUUCUGCCUCAGCCCAGACGUGCUGUCUGGCUUCGUCUCCAGGGAGGAAGCGGAAGUCGGGGAGGAGAUCGAGAUGACGCCCAUGGUGUUCGCCAAGGGCCUGGCGGACUCGGGCUGCUGGGGGGACAAGCUCUUCGGGCGGCUGGUGAGCGAGGAGCCCCGCGGAGCCCGGCCCCGGGGGGACCUCCGCAAGGCCUCCCGCGCCAGGGUCAUCUACGGGCUGGAGCCCAUCUUCGAGUCGGGCCGCACGUGCGUCAUCAAGGUGUCCAGCCUGCUGGUGUUCGGGCCCAGCGGCGAGACGUCGCUCCUGGGCAGAAACUACGACGUCACCAUCCAGGGCUGCAAGAUCCAGAACAUGAGCCGGGAGUACUGCAAAAUCUUCGCAGCGGAGGCCCGGGCCGUCCCCGGCUUCGGCGAGGUGCCCGAGAUCAUCCCGCUGCAUCUGAUCUACCGGCCCGCCAACAACAUCCCCUACGCCACGCUGGAGGAAGACCUGGGCGAGCCCCUGGAGCCCUACUGCUCCCGGGACUGGGGCGCCGGGGCCCCCACAGCCUCCAGCGGCUCUGAGGCCGUGCAGAAAUGCCGGAGCUUCCAGCACUGGCUGUACCAGUGGACGAACGGCAGCUUCCUCGUCACGGACAUGGCAGGGGCGGACUGGAAGAUGACUGAUGUGCAGAUCGCCACCAGACUGCGAGGAUACCAAGGCCUCAAGGAGAGCUGCUUCCCUGCACUGCUGGACCAGUUUGCCUCCUCCCACCAGUGCAACCCCUUCUGCGAGAUGCUGGGGCUGACGCCCCUCAAGGGCCCCGAGGCCGCCCACCCCCCGGCCAAGGCCAAGGGCUCCAAGAGCCCCUCUGCUGGCCGGAAGGGGCCCCAGCUGAGUCCUCAGCCCCAGAAGAAACCCCAGCCCAGCCCGCAGGGCGCCAGGAAGAGCAUGCCGAGCCCCAAGGCCACCCCUCGGGCCUCAGAGGCGGCCGCUGCCCUGGCACCAGGUCACCCCCCAGCCCAAGAGGGGGGCUCGAAGCCCCAGGGCACGCGGUAG